AUGAAGAAGGUUUUGUGUAUUGGCCUAUAAAUUCUGAGCGAGUAGUGAUAGUACCACAUACAUUAUUCUCAUCUCUCAAGCCACUUCAAUUAUUCUUUAAUAAUAAUAAUAAUGGAGAUCUACUAUGACGAUCACCAUGAUUUCUUAGAGGAACUCAUGGCUCUAAGAAGAGAAACAUUAAUGGAAACCAAUUAUGACAACACCACUUUUCAUUCUUCUUUUCCCCCAAACUCUUCUUCUUCUUCUUCUUACCAACAGGAUCUUAUUCUUCCUCAUCAAAUUUACGACGACGACAACUUCUUCAACCAAAUCUAUGAUUCCCUGUUGUUUGACGAACAAUCCCCGCCGCCAUUGAUGAUGGAUCAUUAUUCUUCUUCCUCGUACUACAGUAAUAACACCAGCAGCAACCUUGAUUCUUAUUAUCCUCCAUUGUCGUUCAUGGAAGAAGAGGAGCUUCAGAAUUUGGAGAUUGAAACUGCAACAAGGUGUAAAGUGGAACCAGUAGUAACUGUAACUUGCUGUGAUUCUGAGUCCCCUGCUGCGAUUUUCAACGCAGAUUCUGUCAUGGGAAAUAAGGAAAUUAGAAAGAACAGCAGGUCAACAAAGAAGGUUGUGGGUCAACCCUCCAAGAAUCUUAUGGCGGAAAGGAGAAGAAGAAAGAGACUCAAUGAUAGACUCUCAAUGCUAAGAGCCAUUGUCCCCAAGAUUAGUAAGAUGGAUAGAACAUCAAUACUUGGAGACACCAUUGAUUACAUGAAAGAGCUUCUAGAGAAGAUCAACAAUUUGCAACAAGAAGCUGUAAAAGUUGAAGAUUCAAACAUGGCAGGUGGCAUUUUCAAAGAUGUAAUUAAACCAAAUGAAAUCUUGAUUAGAAAUUCACCCAAGUUUGCGGUUGAGAGGGGUGUGGAUAAUACGAGGGUUGAGAUUUGCUGUGCGGGGAAGCCAGGAAUGUUGCUUUCAACAGUUAACACCUUGGAAGCAUUAGGCCUUGACAUUCAACAAUGUGUUAUAAGCUGUUUCAAUGAUUUCACAAUGCACGUUUCUUGAACAGGAACCGGAGCAAAGGGCAAUGCUUUUCUUGAUGAGGUUAAUUACAAUUUACAAGUUAACUUGCAUAUGGUUCAAGAGUUGUAUAUGUUUUUGCAGAUGUAAUAAUAAUGUGAUACAAUUUAUUAACGAGAAAGAGUAUAGUUACGGUCUUACGGAUACUUUCUUGAGUUUCUGUGUGUUCGC